CCCGAAGUGAUUCAGAGAAAACAGAAUCAAUAGCUACUUCCGGAUACAAAGAGUCAUUUGUAGUUUUUCGUAUUUAAAUGUUGCAAAAAUGGUUAUUAAAUUGUAUACAACGUCGAUGACAACAAAUAGAGAGAUCUUCAACAGACAGAACAGAAUUAAGCAUGUGUUCGACGCGAAAGGAAUUGACUUUGAAGAAAUCGAUCUUUGUCAUAACCAAGAAGGUCGGGACCAGAUGCGGGAAAAGGCAGGGAUUCCAGACUUACUUCCGCCAGCCAUUUUCAACGAAGACAGAUACUGUGGGAAUUUUCAAGAAUUUGAAGACGCGGUAGAGGACAAUUUGUUAAAGGAGUUCCUGAAGUUACAGUGAUGUAUUCCUGAUGCUCAUUUUGUUUU